CUUUUGCUGCAAGGAUGCCUUUGCUUCUGACUAGAGGAUUGAUACUGUUAUUUUGCUGGAUUAUACUGCAAAGUUCCCCAACUUCAGGAUCGGAUGGACACAAUUUAGUUUCUGAUUGUCCAUCCUGUGCCCUUGGCACCCUUUCCAAGAAUGUGCCCAGCUCACAGCCUGAGAUGGUGGAAGCUGUAAAGAAGCAUAUCCUGAACAUGUUGCACUUGAGAGACAGACCUAACAUCACUCAGUCAGUGCCCAAAGCUGCACUUCUAAAUGCUAUCAAGAAACUCCAUGUCGGAAAAGUGAGAGAAGAUGGCAAUGUAGAAAUAGAGAAUGACAUUGGAAGAAGAACAGAAAAGAAUGAACUGAUGGAGCAAACAUCUGAGAUCAUAACGUUUGCAGAAUCAGGUCCUGCCAGAAAAAUGCUGCAUUUUGAAAUCUCUAAAGAAGGCAGUGAAUUGUCAGUGGUAGCUCAAGCUGAUGUGUGGCUUUUCCUCAAAGUAUCUAAAGGUAAUUGUACCAGAACAAAAGUGACCAUUAGACUCUAUCAGCAGCAGAAACUGCCAAAGCGCAGCUCUCUACUUGUGGAAGAGGAAAGUGGACGGAAGGGAGGAAAAAGUGAAAUUCUGAUAUCUGAAAAGGUAGUUGACACUCGUAAAAGUACUUGGCACAUUUUCCCAGUCUCCAAAAGUGUUCAGGGUCUCUUGGAUCAGGGAAAGAAUUCUCUGGAUGUGCGGGUUACUUGUGACCAGUGUCAAGAAACAGGAGCCAGCCUGGUGCUGAUGGGAAAGAAGAAAAAAAAGGGAGAAGCUAUGGAAGGUAAUGAAAGCACAGGAGAAGAGGAGAAAGAGCAAUCACAUAGGCCCUUCUUAAUGAUGCUGGCCACGAAUUCAGAGGAUCACCACCACAGGCGGCGAAGGCGAGGCCUUGAGUGUGAUGGAAAAGUCAACAUUUGUUGCAAGAAGCACUUCUUUGUUAGCUUCAAAGACAUUGGUUGGAAUGACUGGAUCAUUGCCCCACAAGGCUACCAUGCCAAUUACUGUGAAGGUGAUUGUCCCAGUCAUAUUGCAGGCACAUCUAGUUCCACUCUCUCUUUCCACUCCACCGUUAUCAACCAUUACCGCAUGAGAGGCCACAGUCCUUUCUCCAACCUCAAGUCAUGCUGUGUUCCUACCAAACUACGACCAAUGUCUAUGCUCUAUUAUGAUGAUGGGCAAAAUAUAAUUAAAAAGGACAUCCAGAAUAUGAUUGUAGAAGAAUGUGGGUGCUCAUAGGUUAUGUGCAUUUUGCAUAUCAACACUUUGGGACAACCUUUUUAACAAUUUCAAAAAGACAAUUUGAAAUAAAAACAGGAAAGACCAAAUAUUCAACAAAACAGUUAUAUUUUCAACAUAAUAGCAUCUAGUAUUCAAAUUAGAGAUAAGCAGAAGAAAGAA